AUGGAGCGCGUCGACGGCUCGAGUCGGGCGUCGACCUCGGGAUUUCCCGCGUCGGCGACGAGCGCGGUGAUCGUGAGCGCGGCGUUGAUCAUCGCGGGGGUGGUGACGGGCGAUGGGACGCUGGGACGGGGUGGAUUGGCGAGCGGCGCGGCGACGACGGCGGCGGGCGAGGCGUGGCGGGAGCGAAUCAUAGACGAUAUCCCGUUUGAGGAUGAUCACGUGCGGUUGAGCGUGCCGAGGAUUGAGAGAGAGAUAGCGGCGGAGGAGAACGCGGGAGAGGUGUCGUGGGGCGCGGCGGCGCGACGGGGAUGGUUCGCGCCGGAGCCGAGCGGAACGCCCGUCGCGGCGCUGGGGAAGCAUCGAAAGCAUCGGUACGACGACGAUGACGACGAGUACAGAAGUGCGAAUGGAUUAGGGUUUGAACUCCCGGCGUUCGACGACGACGCGGAAGACGUGAAGAAGCGGCACGCGCGAGAGACGAAGGAAAUGCUGAGUGCGCACGAGCGUAGCGGUGAGGCGCUUCGACGACUCGCCGACGAGUCAAACAUCUUCGCGAAGGACGCAAAGUUGGGGAAGAAGAGCGUUGAAAAGGAUCUUUUCGACCAGCUUAGCAAGAAGUCAUCUAGCCUCAUCCAGAACUCGGAAACGUCCCAUAAGGUGGAGAAGGAGUUGAAGAAGGAGUUGAAGAAAUCGGUGCCCUCUGGAAACGAGACGACGCUCGCAACCGAUGAUGAUGACGCAGCGCUCGCUGAGAUCGAAAAACGCACGGGUGGCUCAAGCUUUGUACCAUCAGAGACGACCACGCUGACGUCUACACUGCCCAUCGCGUCGACGAAUGCGUCAAGCGACGCGGCGCAAUGGAAGGCAACCUCGGUUGUUUCAAACGCCACGUCUUUGAUGGGCAAUCACAUUUUGGCCGAAGGGAUUAGUACCGAUGCGAUCGAUGCGACAAAGAGUACGCCACCGCCGGUGAUGAACGUCGAGCAGAAGACAUCGAUCGAAGAUGUGACGCCGAAGAAAACAAUUGACACCACGAAGGAUUUAGAUUUGUACAGCAACGCUGUACACGGCGACCAAGAGCAGACGGAGACUUCGUGGGCGCGCAAGGGGCUCAGGCCGGCAGACGAGAACGUGUUGACGGCUGAGAACAUCAAACGGAACGAAAACACCGACGACGAAGCUCUCACGUUGGAUUUCUUGAAUCGAUUUCCCGUGCGUUUGCCACAGUCUGAACGCGAGACACAAAACUGGAAGUCGUACAAGUCUUCGCACAAGGCGAUCGAAGAAGAAAGACAAGAGGAAGAGAAGGAGAACGGUGAGACCGUUCAGCGUGUGGCCGCCGCGGCUGUCGAGAUCGUUCGUCAAGAGAGGGAGGUGGAAAAACAAAGACACGAGAAGUGGAAGAGCAUCUUCUCUUCAAUUUACUUUGUGGGUCCGAUUGGCUUGCUGAUGUUUGUCAGCAUCUUCUACGCCUUUGUCGUGCUCGUUGCGAAAAAGAGCGCGAAGUCCUCGAAGUCCUCUCCUGAUAAUGAUGAUGAUAACGAGACCUUCAAGAAUUUUGUCGACGAUGCUGUUGCGCCGCAGCCGUCAAAGAGAAACAGUGCGAAGCGCGGUCGCAGUCAAAGUGCUGGCUUUACAUCAACUGUUUUCGGUUUCAUGCAGCCGAAGGUUGUCGAUGUGGAUACGGACGCGACUCUUAGCGCGAGCGUGAGCGCGAGCGAUCUCUCAAUGUCCAUGCCGGCACAUGUGAGGCGUGAAGUGUCUUCGCCCGAGCGAGUCCGCGAGCCGCACUCGUCGGGGCACAUGACGCCUAUCGAAACCACUCUUGAUCCGACGCCGACGGGGUCGCCCGCUCGCUUAAACCGACCGGCGCAUUAUUUGAAUGUGCAACUCAUGCAUAAACUCGCGUCGCUCGAUGAAAGGAGGGUGCUGUCAACGAGUUCUGUAGAGCUCGAGGAUUCCAGGGAGCAAAGUCCGCGCGCGCCGACGACGCCACCCAGACCCGUGGAGAAGACGGAGGCCAAACCACCCGCACCCGCGGUUCAGAUGGCCCCGCCACCCCGAUUGCAGCGUCCAUCAUUCCCUUCGCGCGCAGAGAAUGCGAGCAUAGCUCCUCGCCGAUCGGGCGAUGGUCCUCAGAUAGUCCGCUCUACCACGACGAAAUUCUAUAAGUGA